CACUGGAUAUGUUUCCUUUUCAUCACAUUUGUUCCACCUUGAGAUUUUGAAUCAUACAAGGAUGUUUAAAGAUGGAUACAAUGAACAUUAUUCCUAUGAUGACUGUAUUCUAAAUAAAGUGUCAGAGAACUUUCAUGAUCUUGACAUAAAGGAUAUUUUGAAAUCCAAGGAUAAUAGGAGGGUUUCAAAAGGCUUUGAUGAAUCACUGUUUAUAAUUGUUGCUGAUCAAUUGGAAAAUAUAAGAAGACAAGGUGGUUGCAAUGACCCAAAUCUAAAGCUUCAGACAACCUUCACCCUCACAAGUUUGAACAAUUUGAAUGGUGUGAGUACAUUUGAGACUGGUAAUAUUCAACCUUUUAAUUUUGAUCUUGAAUUUCCCACAUCAACACUGAUAAAAGAGGUUUUUUCAUCUUAUGGCAUAAUAACUCUUAUUGGAGAAGUAGGAGGAUGGAUAGGGUUACUUCUAGGAUACAGUGUGUUAGGUUUUGCAUAUGUGAUCAGGGGUAAACUCAGUCAAAAAGUUGGAUUCAAAAUGUUUCUUUUUAUUGUUAUUGUACUCUCUGCUGCUAUACUCUACCAGUUAAUACUCUCAACACAGAAGCUGGAGAAUAACCUGACAGGAAGUAAAGUUGAAUACAUGGAAACAGAUCCUAAUCUUAACAUUUCAAUAUCAAUCUGUAAUUCUAAGCUCUCCUGGCCUAUAGAUAAUAUUACAGAACUGCAUAGGUUUGACUCAAUAUUUCAAAAAGGAAAAGAAGAUACUGAAUGGACAGAAUAUCAUGAUACUGGGUCUGAAAUGUAUACAUGGGAGGAAAAAGAAUACUUUGUUUAUUUAUGCAAAACCAUGAGUUUUACUGGAGAUGAAGUCAAAAUUGUUCAUCUAGGCGGUUAUAGAGAUGAUGCAAUUUUUCUUCAUGAUCACAGCUUUCUCACUGGUGGAACCUCUUUAAAGCUUGCAGGACAUGUGUUGAAUGACAACAACAUUCUCCUUUUGAAUGCUAAACAGAUUCAAAGGAUCGAAGAAGAGAAUGUUUGCUCUUCCUCAAUUGAAUUUGACUUAUGCAGAGAUGAUUUUAUUAGAGAAGAAUUUAACAAAACCUUUGGAUGCAUCUACUUCAAUAUGAAGAAGUUGGGAAAUAAAUUUGAGAAAUGUACUAUGCCAGCAAAAUAUACCAGUUACAAAAAAGUUCCACUAACUACUAAAUCUGUAUCAGAAAUGCCUUCAUCAACACCAAUUGUUCCUGUAGCAGGAAUACCUCCUCCUCCACCACCACCACCACCACCACCAGCUCCAUUACUACCUCCAAUCUCAGGAAUAAUAACAGUCAAAUGA